GCCCUUCCCUCCAGAGCCUCCCAUCGCUGCAGGAUCCAGCCUGGCCCCGCUGUCUGCCCCUCCCUGGGGCUCCGAGGGACCCUCUGGGUCCGUGCCCGGCAGAGGCGAGGGGCGGGCGGUAGGAGGGACCGGCCGGGCGGGGAGGGGACAAGGAUGCUCCGGGGGUGGCUCUUUGCUUCCCCGCCCGCCCGGAGCUCGCAGGGGCUCGCCUGGAGGAUGUCUCACCCCCUCGGCACAGGUAACCCCGGGACCCCCAUGGCCGCAGGAAGGGAGCAAGGGGCCGCGAUCCGGCUUGGAUCGCAACAAAACUUCAAGGGGAAAAUGGGGGUUUGAAACAAAACGGCAGCAACAAAAAAUAGAGAGGUUUGUGCGGGAUGCUGGGAGCAUCCAGGGGAUGCAGCCCUGCCCUGAUGUUGCCUUUGUGGAUUGAAUUCUCGCAGGGGUGGAAUCCCGCGGGUUGGAGCAUCUCUGCUGGGGAUGCUCAGGCUCCGGAACCAGCUGGGAUGCCCGGGCUGUGCGUGGUACCCUGGGCUGCUGCAUGCCAGGGAUCCGCACCCCGUGGCUACCGACGGCCCGUGGGUGGCCACUGCGAGCCAGGAGCCGGGAUUUGCGGUCCCGGCUUUGAAGUUUGCGUGCGCCACGGGCAGGGAUGCGGGCGGCGGGGGCCGUGCCCGCGCUGGUGCUGUGGCUCGUGUUGUCGCAUCCUCUCCCACAUCCACAGAGGAGGCUCUGCAAGGGAUUAAAUGUAUGGAUGCAGAGGAGAAGUGCAACAGCAGCAGGCACAGCUCGGCAGGGAAACGCGACCCACAGCCCGUUCUGUCUCCUGGAAAAGCACAUGGACGGGCAGGGAGAUGUUGCAGGCAGCCAGUGCUCCUUCCCAAGUGGAGAGCGGCUCCCUCCGAGCAUCCCCCGGCAAAACGCGUGUCCUUAAGGAGACUUGGGAAGAGCACGUGAGAUGCAGCCGCAGUUUUGGGGAGGCAAGAGCUGAGAGGGGUGGAGGGGGAGUGGUGACGGUGGGGGAGAGGAUGAGAGGAUAUUGGAUUUUCCUCGCCCUGUUUGUGACAAGAUGCUCUGGUUUGUCGCUGGAGGUGUCGCUGCUGGGGGAGCGCUGGUGCCGAGCUCGGAGCAUGCUGCUGAAACCCAGGCGGCUUCUGGAGCAGCACCUUCUGCUGGUGGACAGCACAGAGCAGCAGCGGCCGGCUCGGGAAGCAGCGCUCCCCAACCCAUUCAUGACUGAGGAACCCCCCGCCCCAGCCGAGCCCGAGCUGCCGCCCUCCAACCUGACCAACGCCACGGACUGCGGCGAGGAGAUCCUGCUCUAUGGGGACACCGAGAAGGUCGUCAUCGGGGCCGUGCUCUCCAUCAUCAUCCUCACCACCAUCGCCGGCAACGGGCUGGUCAUCAUCUCCGUGUGCAUCGUCAAGAAGCUCCGGCAGCCCUCCAACUACCUGGUGGUGUCCCUGGCCGCCGCUGACCUGUCGGUGGCCUUUGCUGUCAUGCCCUUUGUCACCAUCACGGACCUGGUGGGGGGCGAGUGGCUCUUUGGGAAGGUGUUCUGCAACGUGUUCAUCGCCAUGGAUGUGAUGUGCUGCACCGCCUCCAUCAUGACCUUGUGCAUCAUCAGCGUGGACAGGUACCUGGGCAUCACGCGGCCGCUCACCUACCCGGUGAGGCAGAACGGGAAGCUGAUGGCCAAGAUGGUUUUCAUCGUGUGGCUGCUGUCGGCCUCCAUCACGCUGCCGCCGCUCUUCGGCUGGGCCCAGAACGUGACGGUGCAGCGCGUGUGCCUCAUCAGCCAGGAUUUCGGCUACACCGUCUACUCCACGGGCGUGGCCUUCUACAUCCCCAUGGCCGUCAUGCUGGUGAUGUACAGCCGCAUCUACAAGGCGGCCAAGGUGAGCGCCGAGAAGCACCGCUUCAUGAACCUGCCCAAGCACUACGAGGAGGAGGAGGGCGUCUACUGCCUGGAGGCCUCGGGCCGCGCCCACAGCGCCCGGCGCGCCAAGGCCGCCGAGGAGUGCGCCACGCUCUCCAAGCUGCUCCGCCAGGACCGCAAGAACAUUUCCAUCUUCAAGCGGGAGCAGAAAGCAGCCAGGACCCUCGGCAUCAUCGUGGGGGCCUUCACGUUCUGCUGGCUGCCCUUCUUCCUGAUGUCCACGGCGCGGCCGUUCAUCUGCGGCAUCCGCUGCAGCUGCAUGCCGCUGAGGCUGGAGAGGACUCUGCUCUGGCUGGGCUACACCAAUUCCCUCAUCAACCCCCUCAUCUACGCCUUCUUCAACAGGGAUUUGAGGACUACUUUCUGGAACCUGCUGCGCUGCAGGUACAGGAACAUCAACAGGAGGCUGUCGGCCGCCAGCAUGCACGAGGCGCUGAAAGCCACGGAGAGGCACGAGUGCAUCCUGUAGUGCCUGAUCCCGGCUCCUGCCUCUCUUCCUCCUUCCCUGGCCUCCCAGGAGCCGUCCAGACAUUGUCACUGGGAGUGACACCCCGUGGGGAGCCGCUGUUUUCCUCACCCUGGGAACAAGCGGAGGGAACUUGGGGAGCAGCCCUUCCUUCUCGCUCUGCUCCAGGUGGGAGCAAGACCUGGGGGGUACCGAUGACUGUGGGCAAGUCACACCACCUUUCUGUGCCUCAGUUUACCCAUCUCUUAUUAAAGUUUAAAAAUUUAAAAAAUAUUUAAAAAAAAGGAAAAGAAACUCACCCAGCCAACCGACCAAACGAAAAGAAAAAACCCUAAAAACUUGGUAAAACUGUGGCUCUCCACCUUCACAAAGGGCUCUAAGGUCUGUGGAGGGCACACAAAAUCCUGUGUAAAGAUGACAUUGGCUGCACUUCUCUGUGGAAUCCGACAGCAGCUCCGUUGUACAUCCAAGCCCCCCCAGCUUAUCCGAACCCUUUUCAGUGUAAUUGCAUUUCACACCCUGAGCUCAUGUCCAGGUUUGCACGUCAGAGCAGAAAUACCAAUGACCCCGUUUCCCCCCACACUGUAGCACUGCAGCACUUGAAGGAGAGGAAUUUGCAGGAUGAAACACAAACCCACACGGAGUUUCCUUCAUGGUUGGAUAGGGGAGUUGGGUGCCCCCUCCUCGUCAGGGCAAUGAUCAGAGAGUGGAGCCAGUUGUGUUUAUUGGGUUGUGCUGUAAUUCAUUCCCAGACAAGUGACGUGUGUUCAUCAUUUGUGGCUAAUUGACUCCAUAAAAGCACGCUUUGGUUGACAACAGGAAAAAGCAUAUAAUUUCCCUGACAGCUUUACGGUGUUUCGGUAUGAUGUCCAACAAGCUUGAAAAAAUACUCUGAAUGAUGUUAUCUUUUUCU